UAGCGAGUAACAUUUCGUCCUUGCAUGUACAAAAAAGUGUUAACAAUUUGAAGCAGAUUGAGUUGGUGCAGUGAAGUCGCAACUGGAAGGUAAAGAACAGAAGUAACAACAAAAUGUUCGGCACCAUCGUACUAUUGGUUGUAUCUACUUGGUUAGCACAAUGGCUUUAUAAACGACUGACCAAGAAGAGUGCCAGUUGUCCAAGCGUGCCUGGUUUGCCACUUUUGGGAAAUGCCUUGAAUUUUGAUAUUACACGGCCAAUGGCAAUUCUGGAGAAAUGGAACAAAGAACAUGGAGACGUCUAUAAGAUCAACCUUAUGGGUGAAGAGGUGGUAGUUGUCAACGGUGACGUAUGUUAUGAGGUUUUGGUGAAUAGAAGUGAUGAGUUUGCAGGACGUCCUCAUACACCAAGAUUUGAUUGGAUAUUCCAUGGAGAUUUAGUGUUUAGAGAUCCAGAUGAGAACUUUAAAGCCUGGAGAAAGUUUCUUCAUCAUGGUUUAAGGCAGUAUGGAUCUGGUAUGAAGCGAAUAGAAUCUGUUGUACAAGAAGAGAUUAAAGAAUGUCUUGCAACAGUAGAGGACCAACAGGGAGAACCCUUUGAUCCACAGAACAUUAUACAUGGAACUGUUUUGAACAUCAUUCUUAUAUUUAUAAUGGGUAAGCGUUUACCGAAAGACGAUCCGUUCAUUGAUACGAUGAAGAAAGCAGAAAGGGCGCUUUCAGAGUCCUGUGGGCCUGGUGCUGGGGUGGAACUGGAUAUGAUGCCAUGGCUACGUUACUUCAAUAUACCAAGUUAUAAGAAACUGAUCGGGUUUAACAAUCUACGGGAUGAAGUGAUCAACCAUUGGAUAAAGAUGAAGAGGGAAGAAACUGAUCCAGACAACGUCUCAUGUAUGAUGGACUGGCUACUGAUCUGUCAAGAAGAACAUGUUGGGAAAGUAGGUGCCUUGUCAGAAGUCAACCUAAAAAUGAUCACCCAGAACAUAUGGUUUGGAGGAUCGUUGACAACAUUUAACUCCUGCUAUUUCGGUCUGUUGAUCCUGAUCAAUCACCCCGAGAUUCAAAGCAAGAUAUACGAGCAGAUAAUCAAAGCAGUUGGGAAAGAGAGGCUGCCCUGCCUUGAUGAUCGUGCCAAUCUCCCGUAUGUUGAUGCCUUUCUUCUUGAGCUGAUGCGAUAUGUGACCAUUUUACCAUUUGCCGUCCCACAUAAGGCCAUGAGCGAUACAACUCUGAGGGGGUAUAGUAUACCAGCAGGUACACAGAUUUGGGUGAACCUGUUUGGAUUGCAUCACGAUGAGAGGUUCUUCCCCGAUCCGUGGACGUUCAACCCUGACAGGUUCAUAGAUAAGGAUGGUCAAGUUAUAUCUCCCUUUGAGCGCAAAAUGUUAAUGCCAUUCAGUGCUGGUAGACGUGUGUGCUUCGGUGAGCAACUAGCGCGGGCAAGACUCUUCCUCCUAUUCACCUCAUGGGUGCAGAGAUUCACCUUCUUACCAGAGGAUGACACCAGUGGCCCCCCUAGUUACCAUCCUAGCAACUACAUACUCGGAAUCGCGCUCAGAGCCGAGGACUACAAACUCAGAGCUGUCCCAAGAAAGUGAAUCAUAAAGGAGAUAUUACUGAUUAAUGGACAUGGCAUUUCACAUUGAAGAUCUGCAAGUGGCGUGCCCAUGAAUGAGGUAUUAGAGACAAUGGCCUCACCAGCAUUUUACAGAAAAAUAUAUGCUGACUAUUUUGGUGAAACGAUAUCCAACUAGAACGCUAGCAUCAUAUUAAUCCUCUUAUCUUUACUUCGUCUCGUGUGCCUCGCCUAUCCACAAAGGUUUGGUAUCGAUAUGUUGAACUCCAUUCAAUAUUUUUCGCUUGAACCUAUUAUUUAAAACAUUCUGUAAAAACCCGAUCCAUUUUGUAAUGGUCACUGAUUGACAGUUGAACAGUUUAAUGUGAAUACUAUUUAUAUCUAUUUUAUAUUAUAAUUGUUUUUGUGAACAAUUUUUGUUUUUUAGUGCAGUUGGUUCUUUGUUCUUUCCUAC